UACCCGUUGUUUCUACUUGAACAAGACUAAAAGACCUCGAGACAGGUCUAGCUACCCACCUGAUGCGUGUAUACACCUGUUUGUCUAGUCUAGUACUUGGACGCAGGGAGUGCGAGCAAAAGAUCGAUUCGGCCGAGCAAACCUGUAGUGCCUUUUCCUAGAGAGUUGUUUGCCGGACCAGUCCACGUUUUCUUCUCCUGAGAUGCUUCCCUGGCCCAAGCACCCUGUCUUGCAUGCUAUGUUACACACGUUUCCCUGCCAUGGAUGGUUGUGGGAAUGGUUCAUGCAAGGGGUAUCCGGUCUUCACGGAAAGCUCAAGUUGUCAUCGUUCUACAAAUUCACACUGCAAGGAGGGUUUGCAGUAUUGAGGCCCGCUAUGAUACGCAUGCAAAAGCUUACCGAGGACAAUCCGCUAGCUGAAACCGUUAUAUCAAAUAUUCAAUUCUAUCGACUGCAAUAUCAAGUACAAAUCGGAAAUUUAUCAUGAUCAUGGCAGCAUAUAUGGAACUCUGAAAGAAGAAGCAAGGUACAGUACGUUGCA